AUGAGAUGGCCGGAGUGUCGAGUAAUGGAUAGAUGGGAUGGAAAUGAAUGGUGUCAGUGGUAAUGGAGGAAUGGUCUAAAUUCAUCGGAGUUCAUGGAAAUUAUGGGUGAAGAUAGUGGUGUUACCUGAGCCAUUUAAUAUGUCUGGAAAUAUUUUUAAUUUUGACGGAUGAAAAAGCAAGUUUAAGUUCACGUUAUCUUGCUUUUCCUCUUCGUGCGAUUAUUCUUCCAUAAUUUUUCUCUCUUCCUCUGCUCUCCGCUGGAAGACAACGGCGGCGUAGCUCCGGUGCGGAAUUUCUUCAUAAGAACCAUCGAUCCGCCAGGGAGAGUUUACAGAGACCGCGAUCGAGCGCGCCGUGGACAAUGGAAGUGGUAAACAAGUACGUCUCCCUCAAGCACCACGUCGACGGCUACCCGUCGGAAUCCGACUUCGAGCUCGCCACCACGCCGCUGCAGCCCGCCCCCGGAUCCGGCGAAGUCAUCGUCAAGAACCUUUUCCUCUCCGUCGACCCCUACCAGCUCAACCGAAUGAAGCGCUACAGCUCGUCUCACACGGCCAUCACAGCCGCCUCCAAAAUCGAGCCCGGGCAGAGGAUCGACGCGUGCGGGGUGGGGAAGGUUGUGGCCUCUGGGAGGGCGGAGCUGGAAGAGGGUGAUGUGGUGGCCGGAUUGCUGGGGUGGGAGCAAUACACGGUGGUCCGGCCGGGGACCGUCUUGAUGAAGGUGGACGCGAAGGAUCUCCCUAUUUCGUACUACGCCAGCGUUUUGGGUGAGUACUCUCUCCAUCUGCACCAGAUUAAAGAACAUAAGAAGGAUGCACAGAUCGACGCCAUGAUUUUUUUGACGACUGCUACAGGACCGAGUGGGUUGACAGCGUUCGCCGGUUUCUACGACGUUUGCAAGCCGAAGAAGGGGGAGAAGGUCUUCAUCUCGGCGGCGUCGGGUUCAGUCGGGAGCUUGGUCGGCCAGUACGCCAAGCUCUCCGGCUGUUAUGUCGUCGGAUGCGCCGGGAGCAAGCAAAAGGUGGAUCUGCUAAAAGGCAAGCUCGGAUUCGACGACGCGUUCAACUACAAGGAAGAAGCCGAUCUCAAGUCUGCUCUGAGAAGGUACUUUCCCGAAGGAAUCGACAUCUACUUCGACAACGUCGGCGCCGCCAUGUUGGAGGCAGCAGUGGCCAACAUGAACUCGUUCGGCAGGGUGGCAGUGUGCGGGGCGAUAUCGGAGUACACGAACGCCGGCGAGAGAGCGGCGCCGGACCUGAUUGAUAUAAUCUACAAGCGCAUCACGCUGCGUGGGUUAUUGUCCGUGGACUACCUCCACUUGCACGAACAGUUCUCGGCCGCCACCUCGGACCACCUUCGCCGUGGCAGAAUGAUUGCGCUAGAAGACGUAUCCGUCGGCAUCGAGAGCGUGCCGACGGCAUUUGUGGGGCUCUUCAGAGGUGAUAACGUAGGGAAGAAGCUCGUACGGGUGGGUGAAUUAGAAGGCUGAGCUUUAACUACUGAAAAUCCAUGUGUGUGUUGUUUUAAUUUCAAUCAAAUCUAUAAUAAUACUUUCGAUGGAACGUCA